AUGCUUACAAGCCAGAGCUCUGCAGACUCCUACUGUUCAAACCAGGCUGAGGAGAAACCCGACUUGAGCCGAAACAAACUGGAGCCAGAACCUUCGCAGCCGGAGGGAAAGGAGAGCGGGAACGAGGAGGAGGAGGAGGAGGAAGACGAGGAAGACUCCCCGCUCAAGGGGGACGCGGACGAGGGCUCGUCCACGUCGGCUCGCCUCGGGGCGGAGAGCGUGAAGCAGGAGCGCGGUGAGGAGCAGGAGAGCAAGGACAACUCUGGGGAUGACAGCAGUCAGGAAGGUCAGGAAGGGGAGGAGUUUGAGUGUUACCCCCCGGGGAUGAAGGUGCAGGUGAGGUAUGGGCGAGGCCGCAAUCUGAAGACGUACGAGGCCACUGUGAAAGAGGCAGACGUGGAGGGGGGAGAGGUGCUCUACCUGGUGCACUACUGUGGCUGGAACGUCAGAUACGAUGAGUGGAUCAAAGCCGACAAGAUUGUGCGUCCGGCGAACAAGAACGUACAAAAGAUAAAGCACCGCAAAAAGAUAAAGAACAAAGCAGAGAGGGAGCGAGACCGGCUGGAGAGGCUCAAUGACAGAGACGUCCUCGGCCCGUCUAACCGGCUCCCACGCUCCAAAUGCGGCCUGAGUCAGGAUGUGUUUUCCAAGAUGGACGAGGGUGAGGACAAAGGGACUCAGCAGUCUCCAGUCAAGUCUAUAGAAAUUACUUCUAUCCUCAAUGGCCUGCAAGCCUCCGAGGUCUCCACGGACGAGAGCGAGCGCGAGGACGAGGACGGGGACGGGGAGCAGACGGAGGAGGAUCGCCUGAGCAGCAGAGGAAGCCUGAGGAAGGGCCCGCCGGAGCCGCCGCAGACGUCGGAGCGCUGGGAGAGCGGGGCCGCACCUGAAGGAUCCAAACCUCCUCCGGUCUCAGGGAAAAACCACGACCCGGUCUCUGCAGAGAGCGCAGAUGCCGGGAAGAGACGGAGCCAACCCGAGGUGGAAGGGGAGGCGAGCAGCAGGAAGAGGAAGUCCGACUCUGCAGCAGAGAGGCCCGCUAAAGGACCAUCCAAAGCCAAGACCAGGAACACCAGGAGCGCAGACUGGCUGCCCGGAGGAUCUCCGAGGAAGCUGGAGGGAGAGAGACCGCCUCCAGGGGAGGAGAGCAGCAGCUCGGAUGAUGAAGCUGCAGCCGGUGCAAAGUCCCAGACGGGGGAGAGCGAGCGGAGGCCGAAGACCAAAGGUUCCCCUUCGAAGAAGUACAACGGCAUGAAGGAGAAGAGCAAGGCCGGCAGGCAGGCCGGAUUCUGGGAGAUCCCUGAGAAGAGAGCGAAGACGUCGGGGCCGGCCGAGGAGAGACCAGCUGUCCGCUCUAAAGGACAGAAGGACGUGUGGUCCAGCAUUCAGGCCCAGUGGCCCAAGAAGACUCUGAAGGAGCUGUUCUCUGACUCGGACACUGAGGCUAACUCUCCUCCUCCUCCGGUCCCCUCGUGUCUGGAGGAUCCGGGCGUGGACCAGGACGGGGGCCCGGAGGACGAGGCCUCGGAGGAGCAGAUGGAGAACGACAAAGUGCAGGAGUUUCCGAGCAGCGGCAGCGACUCUGUGCUCAACACCCCGCCCACAACGCCAGAGUCUCCCUCAGGAGGAGGCAGCGUCGUGGAGGACUCCGGUCCGCCGCAGCCGCCCUCCCCGCCGCCAUCGCUCCCCGCCACUCUCCCUCCAGAGCCGCUCUCUGACGCUCUCCCUCCAGGACCCGCGCAGGAGGAGGCGGCAGGUGGGCGCAGCGAGACCGACAGCAGCACAGUGGAGGUGGAGAGUCUGGGCGGGGAGCUGCAGGACCUCCCUCAGGACGAGGGGGCCGGAUCCCCCUCCAAGGUGUUUGACGUCAGCCUCUCCUGCAACAGCAGCAGCAGCUGCAGCCUGGAGCUGAGCGGCAGCAGCGUGCAGGACAGCGAACAGAAGUCCAAAGCGUCUGCGAGUCAGAAGCGGCCGAAAGAACCUCCGAUGGUUGCACCCGCAAAGAAACACAAGCCAAGCCGUAAGAGCCUCGGUGUGCCUCCCAAAAAGAACAGGAAAACAGGUGAGCGGAGCGACGACUCCCGCCUGCACAGGAACACAGCAGCAGCCAACAGCAGCGACAGCGAGGACCAGUCUGUGGAGGGCCCGGCCAAACAGACGCCGUCCAAGAUCAGCACGCCAGACGUGAAGGCCGCCGUGUCGCCCAAGUGUCACGGUCGAUCUCCUCCCUCCAGCCAUAAGUACCACAAACAGAGCGACACUGAGCACGCUCAGCACCGAGACAGCCACGGAAGAUCUCCACGGGUGUACAAGUGGAGCUUCCAGAUGUCGGACCUGGAGAAGAUGAACAGUCUAGAGAGGAUCUCGUUUCUUCAGGAGAAGCUGCAGGACAUCAGGAACCACUACCUCUCCCUCAAGUCCGAGGUGGCCUCAAUCGACAGGCGGCGAAAACGCAUGAAGAAGAAGGAACGAGAGAGCACCGUGGCAGCUUCCUCUUCCUCCUCCUCCUCCUCCUCCCCGUCCUCUAGCUCGCUCACAGCAGCCGUCAUGCUAACGCUGGCCGACCCCCCGGUGUCCUCCUCGUCCUCCUCGUCUCAGAACUCUGGGGUUUCUGUGGAGUGUAGAGCUUGUGCUUGUAAGAGAAGUGUGGAGGUUUGGACGCCGGUCUGAAGCUAAAGCUGUAUGAAAACGUUUCUUGAAAACGUUCUGGGUCACAGAUUACGAGAGAGUAAAAGGAGCUUAUUGAAAAACGCUCGAUAGUAUUUAUUAGGCUCAUCUGAUGAUGGUCGAUGUGUAAUUUAUUGUAAAAAUGUAAGCAAAGCAGAAAAGCCUCUGUUUGAAAUAAAUGCCAUAGUUUGUGAAGUA